AUGGAAGACGCUUCAAAUAAAAAUCCCAGACAGACGGCAGGGCUUAUUUCAUUGUUAACUUUCUCUUGGCUGAGUGAUAUUCUAAAACUGGGCAGUAAGCAUCCUCUGGAGGAGAAACACUUGUUUCCACUGGAACGUUCAUUUCAUGCAAAGGACCUUGUUGAUUUCUUGGAGAGGGAGUGGUUAGCAGAAGUGCGAUGGUCCCAACAAACACGAACAAAGCCUCGCCUUUGGAGAGCCAUGCUGAGGAUAAUUCCUUACAGGGAAUACAUUAUUUUGGCCCUCUUGAGAAUAUUUUAUUCAUUAUCAAUGAAUCUCCUCCCUUUGAUGGUUUGGCUUUUCUUGAAAAGCAUUUCUUCAGAUAGCAUUGAAAUAAGCUACACAUCCUCCCUGCCUUUUGUGGUCUGUAUUUCUGUGACCUUAGUUGCACGAAAUAUGUUUGCAAUGCACGGGGUAUUCAAGGGACAAAUGUGUUCAAUUAGAUUAAAAGUGGCUGUUGUUGGACUGGUUUACAAAAAGGUAUUUAUAUUUAUGAAAUAUGACUAACAACAAUUACUGAGGUUAGUCUUAAAACAAGUAAAGAAAUACUCGUGGAAUUCUUUACAAAGUUUUGGAAAAUCAAAGGAACGUAAGAUCAACCUUUUUUUAUUAAAUUGUCACCAUUGCCCUUUAAACUUUUUAUCUUGAGUAAUCGACAUUAGUUUUCUCCUUUCCAAGCACGUUAUAAUAACUGAAUUGGCGGUAAGUGUACGGUUGUUGCUUUCACACAAAUGUACAUCACAGAGACACGCCAUAGGGUCAUGUGCCCGCUGGAAUGUACUCAGUGCAGCGUAUUACCGUCUAUGAAAUGAAAAAAGUCGUGAAUGGCCUUGACGAUUCUAUAUUAGCAUUCGAAAUCCGUUAACAGAUUUCUCUUAAGAAGAUUUAACCGGUUUUUCAGAAUUCAAGAAUUUAUAGCAAAAGAUGGUUGUAUAUAUAACUUCUUUCCAACGCGUAGUGUUAAGACACGGGAAGGUAAGUAAUAGCCUGCGGACACAGACGUAUUUCCCGUCGUCGCUUCUCUCCAACCGAAAAGUGUAACUCUCGGGGAGGGGAGAGAAGCGACAACCCGCAAAUACGUCUCACUGACGUCUGUAUCCGAAGGCUACGUACAGUAAGUAACUGAGUGUUUCCGUUUCUUUUGUUUUCUUUUUUAGAUUCUUUCUGUUAACAGAUGUGUCUUAGAAGACAGCGUUUCGGAAAACGCAAUUAAUCUUGUUUCGAACGACGCCCAAGUCAUUGAGAAAUUGGGAUUUUAUGCUUUGCACGCGUCGUUUGCAAUCCUGGAUCUAAUAAUCGCUUUGAUUCUCCUGUGGUAUUUAGUAGCCUGGCAAGCUCUGAUAGGAGUUUUCUUCUUCGUCUUGGUCACUGCCUAUGACAUCCUUGCAGCUCAUAAAUCUGGGAGGCUUCGCGCUAAAGCUGCCACACAAACUGAUAGAAGAUUAGAGAUAAUAAAAGAGAUUCUUUCUGGAUUCCGUUUGGUGAAAAUGUACGCUUGGGAGGGGAACUUCAGGCAACUGGUUGCACAAUUGAGACGGUUAGUAGUUUCGGUUAGUUUAUUCUUUAACAAGAAUGGUACUUCGUUAGUUUGAAGUCGGGACGUUUGAACAACUUGCAUUAAAGAAGAUUCAUGCUUAUUACACGCACUAACCACCUGUCAUUCACCUCCACACUAAAUGUUAAUCAUGUACAGUAUGAAAGAGGGUUAUUAUUUUACUCGUGCUGCUUAUCAGAAGCACGAAGAAAUUACCUUCCGACGAUGAAUCAACUAACCUAGCCAUGCCUGAGUCAGAAAUUACAUCAUAUCGACACUUCAGAGAAGCUGUACAGACCCGUGUUACUAUAAGGCUUACAACCCGCUGGCGCCAUGUUGGAAGUUUAAGCAAGGUGGUAGGCUAUUAUGGAACACGAGUUAGCCGCUACGCGAACUCAGAUUCUACAGUUCCAACUAAUACGCGUGAUAAUAAGUGGAGACGUUAGCGAGAACCCUGGACCGACCGUCAAAAAACCAAAGUGCCAACAGUGCUUUAGGACCAUUGCUUGAAACCAUCGUAUCAUCAUCUGUAGUUCGUGGGCUUACUGUAGUUUGCGAAACGAAAUGGAGCGAAACGAAACGAAUGGAACGAAACGAAAUGAAAAUCUGUAGCUUGCGAAAUGAAAAUCUGCAGUUGAAAAUGAAUCGCCGCUUAAGAGCUGUUAAGUUGAAACUAAGGAUCCAAAGUGACAUGGGCCGACUAUAAGAGGCUGAGAAACGAAAUAACAUCUGACCUUAGGAAAGCGAGGGCUGCAUACUUCAGAGAUCAGCUGAAAAAGGCGAAGACCACCUCGGCGUAUUGGAAUGUAUUAUCCAAAGCUACCAAACCCAAAGUAAGGAAGAAGAUAGGUCCACUAAAGCGUGACGACAACAGCGUAGCGGUAAAAGACAAGGAGAAGGCGAGAUUUAUGAACUGUUUCUUCUUUACGAUAGCUGAGAAAUUAAAUUCUGGGAAAGUUAACUCCAAGCACCACAAUUCUUGACUAGUCCAUGCUCCAUACCUGUACCAUGUAUAUCCGAUAUUAGUCUAUCUAGCCUUGAUAUUGACAGGAAAAUAACAUUAUUGAAGAAUAAUAAAGCCACCGGAACGGAUAGUAUAUCGCCCAAAUUAUUGAAACUCGCAGAUACUGCUGUUGUUGCCCCGCUGACAAGUCUUUUCAUGAAAAGCAUACGCGAAUGUAGAGUCUACAAUAAUUGGAAAGUGGCCAGACUAACACCUGUAUUCAAAAAAAAUGAUCCUACGGAAAUGAGUAAUUAUCGUCCCCUCUCCUUACUAAGUAUACCUAGCAAGAUUUUAGAAUCAUGUGUAGCAGACAUGAUUGCGAAGCAUAUUUUUCGGACAACGAAGCGCUCGUCACUGACAGCCAAUGGGCCUACCGAAAAGGAAGAUCGACAGAGCUAUUACUCAUCCACCUGACUGAAACUUGGCGACGAGCAAUCGAUAAAAAAUUAGUUGUGGGCGCCGUAUUCAUAGACUUCCAGAAGGCGUUCGAUUGCGUUUCACACUCAAUCCUUCUUCACAAGUUAGAGCACAACUUUGGAAUCACGGGAAACUUACUGGCAUGGCUAAGAGAUUAUCUCUCUGGACGGGAACAGUAUACUGUAAUUAAUGGCGUACCCUCUGAGAAUACUAAAGUUGCACCCGGUAUACCACAGGGUUCCGUACUCGGGCCCAUACUCUUCGUCUUGUACACAAGCGAUCUACCGAAAGCAGUUAACACUGCAAUGACGUUCCCGUAUGCCGAUGAUACUACCAUGUACUGUGUUGGUGAAUCUGUAGACCAAGCCACAACAACGCUGAACAAAGCCCUAGAAGAACUUGUCCUCUGGUGUAAACAUAACUCCCUGGUACCACACCCCAAAAAGUGCGAGGGAAUGAUCCUUAAACAAAAUCAUUUUAUCGGUCCCUUAGGCAGUUUAAAAAUUAACCAGCAUCUCAUAAAAUGGUCCUCAAGUUCUAAGGUGUUAGGUGUAACCAUUGACAACAAGCUUACGUGGACAAAACACAUAUCAGAGCUCAAGAGAGGGUUCGUUAACAAGCUCAAUGUUAUCAAACGCAGCCGCUUUUUACCCAGGAAUUCGCUUUUAGAUUUAUAUUUUAAAGUCAUUUUACCCUCGGCUACAUAUACGCUACCAAUCAAAUAAAAACGAAUUUAAUUCUUUGGAAUCCAUACAUUGUGGGGCCGCUAGAGUUAUAUAUAACCUUCCGCGCGACAUGCCCUCUGAGGAUGUAAGAAAAACAUCUCACUGGGACUCUUUAUUCGACACUUAUAGGGUCAAAGUAGCCACCUUAAUUUAUAUUAUUAUUCAUUCAAAAUAUUUCCCCGAUUCUGAUUGGCUAAAAGCACACGUUUAAUUCACCAUAACCAGUUACUUAUGACCAAAUUUGGAAGAAUUUUGUGUUUAGCGAGGAAAUGACGUCAAACAUGCAGCGUUCUUGCAGGUUAAUGCACCGUUAACCGAGAAGACCUGGGCACGAGGUUUAGUUGUUUUGGUUGUGAACUUGAAAAAUGGCGGACAUUUUCACUCGUUUCAAGAGUAAGAACUAGGUGAAAAAAUAGCUAAAAACAUGGCAAGAACAGCAAGAACAGAACUCGAAGGGCGACAUCUGCCAUUUGGAGAAUAUUUGCGGAGCUGCACAACCCUAAACAUGCACUAUCGAAGAUGAACUUAAAAUCUAUGGAUCGAUUUAGGUAAGCAUGUUUUAGCCAUGUUUUUAAACUAGAAAUUAUUUUGAAAGAAUAAUAAAACAAUUAUUGAAUUCGGCUUUCGUAUCAUAUGAAGAAUUAUGACGAUCUCGGAGGGUGUUAUCCGCCUCGGCCAACACCCUCCUCGAUCUCCAUAAUUCUUCAUAAGAUAGUCAGCCUCAUUCAUUAAUUGUUAAAUAUCUACAACAGCAUAACUCCCAUCAUGCUUUUAACAUAUAAUCCAAAGGAAAGAGUCUAAGUAUGACCUCCGUCAUCAACAUCGUGUUAGGGUAGAAUGUUUUGAAAAUUAUAUAUGAAAAACUCUAUUUCUUACAGAGGAUCCAUUGUUUGGAAUCUUUUAGAACCAUCCACUGUCAGCGCCAGGGAUUAUGCUAAAAGGGCAAAAAAGUCUCACGCCCUCAGAAACUUGAACUUUAAUGAAGAGUUACCGCAAAUGGGCCGUCCCCAAAUUGACAGUGAUUUCGUCUUUUAUUGAUUCUAUUCAUAUCUUUUAUUGUACGUAUUUCACCUUUUAUUGACCACAUUCAAUUUUAAUAAUCUUUAUUAUUUUAUUGACAUUUUUUACUCGGCCCCAUAAGCUAUAUUAGCUUUGAAACCCACCGUGUUUAAAUAAAAGAUGUUGUUGUUGUUGUGCUCUCGCCCAUAUUGCCACUGUAUACUAUAUCUCUAGGCCCCCUCUAUCACAAAAUCCUCCGUCCUCCCCUAGAAGAGACUAUUACAGCAGUGUUUUAAAAUGAACUCUGUUAUAUGCGAGAGCACCGUGUGCUCAAAAUUUUAAAAGGAAAGUUGAUGAUCUAACUACUUGAACUCUUAUGAACAACAAUUCUAUUUUGCAGAAAAGAAAUGUCUCUGAUUCGUGUGCGUGGAUUUUUUAUCUCCACUAUCUACGCCCUGGGCUUCACUAGCCACACCAUCGCAGGGUUUCUAUCAGUUGCAACACUGGUUUUCACUGAACACAGCCUGACAUCAUUGAAGGUGUUCACACUGCUUUCAAUUUUAGCGAACAUCAAGUUUUUUGUAACAUUCUGUAUUGGAGAGAGUCUAAUAUGGAUUGCAGACUCGAUGAUUGCAUUAAGAAGAAUGCAGAGAUUGUUGGAAACAAAACCAGUCAUCGAAUCUAAAAUAAGCAAACGACAGAAUAUGUCUCCUUUAAAAGUUUAUUUUAAAGGCAGGAGGUAUAAACCACACUUAGUUAGAACCGAGAGUUUCAAACCAGGAAAACCAGCUUUGACGAGUUUCCAAAAGAUUAAGAACGUCCAAGCUAUUAAACCGCAGGCCGUUUUAGAAAACAUUUCCAGUUUUUGGAACUAUUCUUCAGAUCGCCCAGCAUUACAGAACGUUUCAUUGCAAGCUUCUAGUGGGCAACUUAUAGGUAUAACUGGACCAGUGGGGAGUGGCAAAACGUCUUUAUUGAUGACCAUCUUAGGAGAACUUCCAAUAUCAUCUGGUCAAAUGUCUUGUACUGGAAAAAUGGCUUACGUCUCCCAAACGCCUUGGGUCUAUUCUGGCACGGUGAGAGAGAACGUAGUCUUUGGUAUGCCUUUCGUCGAAGAAAAGUUUAAUAAGAUCAUCGAAGUUUGCGACCUAAGAAAAGAUCUAUCACUAUUUCCAAAACGUGAUCUCACGGAGAUAGGGCAACGUGGAGUAAUCCUGAGUGGCGGUCAGCGUGCACGAAUGAGUCUGGCACGCGCAAUCUACUCAGAUGCGGAUAUCUACCUAUUAGAUGAUCCUCUCAGUGCAGUGGAUGCCAAAGUCGGCAAACAUUUGUUUGAAAAAUGUAUUGUCGGAUUUCUAGCUGGGAGGGUGCGUAUUUUGGUGACACACCAAUUACAGUUCCUCCAACAUACAGACAACGUUGUUGUACUUCACAAUGGUUCCGUAGAGUACCAAGGUACCUUUGGUCACAUAGAGAAAGAAAGGAUGAGAAAGUUUUCUAUUUUUCCUCAAGGAAAACAAGAGACUAAAAUAGAUGAUCAUGCAAACGUUUUUGAUGAAGACGAAGCUGUCAAGAGCGUCAAUAUUGUUCCUAAACUAGGAGAGAGAGUGGAUCUAAAAGAAGAGGAGGAGGACCGAAUGGUUGGGAGUGUAAAAUGGCAAUUGUAUUGGAAAUACUUUAAAGCCUCCCUUUCAACUCGUCUAAUUUUUAGCCUUGCCUGCUUCUUCGUCGUUGUCCAAGGUAUUUAUAACUAUGAAAUAAACAGGACAGUUUAAUAGGACAGUAAGUGUCAUGCGCUUUGGGUGCUGUCAUAAGACAGUUGAACUUCAAUGGGUUUUUUGUUUGUCUGUUUUGUUUACUUCUAGAAAAAACUCAAGGGAUAUCUUGUGCUUGUCUCUGAUUUUGAUUUUGUUAUGAUUCAAUGCAUGGUAAAUGGUCUUCUUAUUGUCGGUCGUCUUGUCGUAGUAUUCGGUCUGCAAUCAUACUCGUAACCAAACAAAUUAGACUCUUGCUACGCGGUCGUCCCUUUAAUCUCUGGUACAAUUAAAGGUCGAAUUGGACUCCGCUAAGUCACAUUAACAUUAUACACUUAAUGUCUGUAUCUCUCCUUGGAUGACUUCAGAAACCGUUCCUUACUAGGUUGAGGAGUGUGUGUUGAGUGUGUGUUUUUCCAAUUUUCCCGCCUUCUGUAACUCCACUUUCCUCCAUGCUUUAAUCACGUGUUGAUCACAAGGGGGGUAUAAUUUCUCUAAUUUAUCACGAUAAGGAUACAUUUUAUUUUAGUUAAGGCCACCUGACCAAGAAUCAACCAAUGGCUGUCCCUGUUUAGUUGAGUGAAAGCCUAGGGAUAUAACAGUAUACCUAAGUAAACCACUUCUCAUAAACUAACAAUGACUAGACUCCACUGGAUCAAAUAAAUAAUUUGUUUGUUCGUUUGUUUGUUGUUGGUGUUUCAGUUUUAUGGAUCGCUCCGUAUUGGUGGGUUUCACGAAUGAUCGACAUGCCAAAAGAAAAACAGAAGGACUAUACUACGCUCCUGGUGUAUGGAUCCAUUGUCACAUUUUCCUUGGUGUUUACAAUUGUGUCCUCAUUUUGCUUUUAUCUGACAGCUUUAAAGGCAUCAGAAAAUCUUCAUAACAAGAUGACUAAAGCGGUUAUUGAAGCACCAGUCAUCUUCUUUGACACAAACCCGGUUGGUCGUAUCUUAAAUCGCUUCUCUAAAGACAUUGGUAGUAUGGACAUUAUGCUUCCACCACAAUUUCUCGACGCAGUGCUAUCUUGUCUUUAUUUUUUCAGUGCCACCAUUCUGUCUGCUGUGGUAAACAUGUGGAUAUUUAUCAUUUGUGUUCCACUGACAAUUUUGUUUAUCUACCUUGCAAAGUAUUAUGUGAAAUCCUCUCGGGAAAUCAGACGGCUGGAGGCAGUGACUUGUAGCCCUGUAUAUUCACUCAUUGCCAAUACCGUAGCAGGAUCAGAAGUAAUUCGCUCAUCAAAAAUGGAAGAUGACUUCCUGCAGAAAUUUUUCAAGUAUGUAACUUAAUUGCUCCUAAAUGAUUUGCUCCUGAACGGCGUUCGGUAUGUUAUGCUGACGAAAGUGGGUAUAACUUGGAAUCUUAUAUUUUCAUUUUUGUGAGCGUGUCGACAAGUUCAAAUAAUUGUUCUCGGUAUACAUAGUAUUCGAAAUGAUUAUAGUUUGACUUUUCCUUAAUUUACAAUUAAUGAAUGAGGCUGAGUAUCAUAUGAAGAAUUAUGGAGAUCGAGGAUGGUGUUAUCGGCCGAGGCGGAUAACACUUUAUUAUAUACAUACUGAGAAAUACUCACCAAAAAGCUAUGUUGUAAAUUUUCGUACGCAAAUUAGUUCUAGCCAAUCAGAGGAGCGAACGAUGGUUUUCACACGUGAAAAAAACGAUACGUCCAAUCAGAAUCGCGAACGAUGUUUUUUCACGUGUGAGAAAAAUGAUACGUCCAAUCAGAAGCCACAGAGGUGUGCGAGUUUCGCGCCAAAAUUCCCGCCUUUUAUUGCAGCUUGCAGCGCCGCUUCGCACACAUUCAACGAGAAAAGUUUUACUCAAGGAGUUUUUCUCGCUAAAAAAGUGAAAAACAUUUCGGAAAUGGAGUGGAAUAGUUUCGUUUGUUUCACUGUCGAUAAAAAAAUACGGUAGAGAGCCGGCGAAACAACAGCGGAAAGGGAUAAACAGAACGAGACGUUAGCUUUUGUUGUGCUUUUUGUCGGAGCUACUUUGCCUUUCAUUUAAGCUUAAGCUUAUAUUGAAACCGGCCAUUUUACUUAAAUUCACUCAUUUUCAAUUGUGCAUUGAGAACAAACAGUUAAGAUUACUUAUAGUUCUUGGAUUACCUCAUAUCCUCACCGUCAUUUAUGUUUUUAACAAACGUUUUUACUAAAAAGCUGAUACUUCGUUUUCGUUGUCAUUUUGCGGUAAGUGUGUAGCGGCAAAUUUUAGCAUUUUUGAAAGAUUUAAAAUAAAAAGGCCGCCAAAAUGAUGAAUGUCUCAGUAUGUAUAUAAUAAACACAAUACCACAUGGAAAGUGCUUUGUACGGUAUUUACGCACUCGUUGUUUUUGUAUCAGAAAUCUUACUCGUUCGCUGCGCUCACUCGUUCGAUUUCUGAUACGUCAACAACUCGUGCGUAAAUACCGUACGCCAGCACUUUCCAUGAAGUAUUCUCUAUCUCCGCGAUCUCCAUAAUUCUUCAUAUGAUACGAAAGCCAAAUUCAAUAAUUGUUUUAUUAUUCAUUCAAAAUUAUAAUUCCUAGUUUCAAAACAAAGCUAAAACGUGCUUACCUCCAUCGAUGUCAAGUUCACCUUCGAUAGUGUACGUUUAGGGCUUUUCAGCUCCGCAAAUGUUCUCCAAAUAGCAGAUGUCGCCCUUCGAGUUGUGUUUUUGCCAUGUUUUUGCUAUAAUUUCGCCUUGUUCUUGCUCUUGAAACGAGUGAAAUGUCCGCCAUUUUUUGUUUUCACAACCAAAAUAACUCAACCUCGUCCCCAGGUCUUCUCGGUUAACGGUGCCUUAACCUGCAAGAAAGCUGCAUUUUUGACGUCAUUUCCUCGUUAAACACAAAAUUCUUCCAAAUUUGGUCGUCGGUGACUGGUUAUUUAAGCAAUAGACCACACUUUCUAUGGGUUUACCGGCGUGAUAACCCACGCGGGAUGUUGGGAGAACACGAGGAAAGCUUGUAAAUCACGAGCCGAAGGAAAGUGAUUUACAAGCUUUUCGAGUGUUCUCCCAACAUCCCAAGUGGGUUAUCACGCCGGUAAACCCAUAGAAAGUGUGGUCUAUUGCUUUUAUAAAAUAACUUUUAGUAGAAUGGAGUGUUUUAGGGGAAAAAUAUGCUUUUAGUACCGUGAUCAAGUCAUGUCUUCUCUCUAAAAUCAUCAUAAGCCAAUCAUGACUCACGAUUUAAUAGUGCUGAACUUUCUCAAAACUCAAUUCAGUCAAACAACAAACAACAGCACUUCAAAACACGAGUUUUUGCGCUCAUUACGAUAACUUAUGAAAGCUGUUUUACAGGAAAAGUCAACACAUAUUCAUGCGAACGUACAAUGAAAGAAUACGUUCAUGGUUUGCUUACUACAGAAGUAGAAAUUAAUUGAACAUCAGACUUUACGCAGCUGUAUUUUGUUGAGUCGAUCGGUAAAAAUUUCGUGCCUACAGACGGAACUGGCAGCUAUUGUAAUGGAGGACUUCAUUCACUUUUUACAAGCCGCAGUGGUUUAAGAUCUGUUUUCUGGACUUUAUUAUGAUCAAGAAAUGCUGCGGUAACGACGUGGCUGCAUUUGCGAAGUUGUCGCAUGUAACUUUAUAUGCACGUACAGCGACCGAUGGAAAUAUGUCAGUGGUGAAGAAAGGUUUCUUUGCCGUAGCCACAUAUUGGCGCUAAUAUUUGUCGAUUUGUGAAGUCAGGUGGUUUGAGGUAGGUUAUGCCAUCGAUAUCACCUAAUAAUUUGUGCAAAUGUUGGAAAAAACCAGCCCGAAACUCUGAUAUCUUUCAUCAUCGUUGGCAGCUUGUUUACAACCUACAGCGGCCGAUUUUGUACCAUAUCUUGAUCAGAGAUCUCUUUUUGUAACAAUUUCUUUCAUUAAGGAAUUUAAUUUUGACGUAAAAUAAAUCAAGAAUGCUAAAACUAUGCGUUUUGUUGCUGGUUGGCACAUGGUUAAGUUUUCCUAGAGACUUUCUACACCAGAAAUUCACACAGUUGUUGUCUUUCUCUGCGAUUUGGCAUCGUCGUGAAAAGUAAACUGCUUUCCAGUUUUGUACUUUAUAACUUCUAAAGCUAUGGCAGUCGCGAAUUGUGACCCUCAGUAAUAAAAUGUGGAAACCAACGCUUUUAAUAUUAAGAAGGGCUACGGUGAGUAACUUGUUCUGUUUUUUAGCCUUUCUAAAAUCGUUGUUUGCAGAUCAAUAGCGGGUUUUGUUUAUGGCUCGUGGUCCGGAUGCCUUUUUCUAUGGGUUUACCGGUAUAAUAAACCAUAGGUUUUUGACCAAUCAGAUCACGCGUACUACCUCAGUUAUUUUAUAAAGUGAAUUAUGUGUGUGCUUUUAGCCAAUCAGAAUCGGGGAAAUAUCUUGAAUGAAUAAUAAGUAUGAUUAACACUAACCGUUAAGACCAGCAGGCGGAUAUGUUCCUGUUAAACACUCAGUGAUUCAUAAGAACUGGAAAUAAAAGAAAAGAAAGGUAAACACAUUCCUUCCGUGUCAAUUUUUUUUAGGUACCAAGACAAAAACACACCAGCCUCAAUAAUGCUACUGGCAUCAACACGCUGGCUUGGUUUCCGUGGAGAUUUAAUAAGCAACGUUCUGGUGACGUCUGUUUCAGUUGGAGCCAUGUUAGCGACACAAAGCCCAGGUGGGUAUCUUUAUCGUCCUCAAGAAUAAGCUAUUUGAUUUCAGAGGGUUUUUUUCAGCAUCUUCUUAUCCCUAAAAUGCUAGUUAAUUUGUUUUUAAAAUAAUAACAAGCCCUUUCUUCCACAAUGAAACCAAGACGACCGGGCGGUGCCUCAUUGUGGAAAAUCGGCUAACUGGUGUCAGAAACAAAGAGUCGUUUUCUAUAAGCCAAUAUUCCCCUAAUAUUGAACACGUAUGUAACAGAAACAACGACAAAUAUAGUAAGAGGUAGUCUCGCUAAAAGCGUUCCACUCGAUUUCAGUUAGAAUGAGGAAAUUGUUUAUUUUACUGCCAUUCCCAGCAUUUCAUUGCUGGACGACCGUUAGCGGCUAAAAUAUGCAAAUUUUAGUCUCUGUUAUACAGGUUUUUUAACGAUCGUUCUAAAGUUCUUCGGGUCAUCAAAUCCUAGACUAUUUGCACUCAUUUGGAAGCAUAUUACUUCUUCUUACUGUUCUUGAAUACCAUUUAGGGGUUAUGUUUCUGUAAUCAGCAAAAACUGGUCGUCUUUAUUUCACUAAAUUUCACUAAUCCAAUUAAGAAAUCAAACUGCACGAAAUUUUUCAAAUGUGGCACCUAAACUAGGCCUAAAAACAUGUUUUAGUUAAAGAUUAAUAGUUAUUUUGUCAAGUUAUGUAAUAAAACUUGUGCCACAACGCGAUUCAGAAUUGAAGUCAAUUUGCGUUGCUUGAUAGUGCCGGCUGCUGUCACAGCAAAAUCCUCAGUUAUUCAAAUACUGGCCACUUUUAAGUAAGAUAUGCCUCAUUUUCUCACCAAAACUAUAUUAAAAUUCCCUUUUUCCCUUUGCCAAUGAUAUAUAUUGUUCAAAAAUUAGUUCAGGAAGUAAAAUAUACCUUUCCAAGCUUCAUUUAAUUUCUCACUGCCCCGAACAUUCGUGUUAAAUCUGUUAUAUCAAGACGGAAAAUACCUUUUCAGAACCAAACCUCUUCUAGUUUAAAAUGUGGCUCAGUGUGAAAAAGCUGCAUUGACCAGAAGUUACUCCGAUCCAUCACAUUAUAAAAUCGAACGUUAGAAGAAAAGUAAAUUUCCCACUGUUUAAUUAAAUAUGCGUGAACAGGCUCAGAAAAUGUUUGACUAGUACUUCGCCCCAUGUAAGGGUAUCCGGAUUCCGGAAUCUGAAAAAUUUUGCUUGUAGGAUCCGGAAUCCGGGAAAUUUUGCUUAUGGAAUCCGGAAUCCAGGGCUUUGGAAUCCAGAAUAGAGCUCAAGUACCACACUAAGGAAUGAAAUCUAGAAUCCAAGUUUCACUGGAAAAGACUGGAAUCCAGCACCCGGAAUCCAGAAUCCAUGGAAUGGGAUCCAGAAUCCAAGACUGUCUUGUAUUCGCUAACAUGGGGCGAUAGUACUGGACUGUGAACGGUGAAUUACUAUUUUUCCUUUAUUUACCUUCCACUGAUCAGGAACCCACAUUUGAAGAUCUUUGUUAAUGAAAUUUCAAUUAGAAGGUUUCUUCCUUUUACUGACUGUUUCUUCCUAUCAAGAUUGGUCAGCUUUAGUUUUCACGCUCCAAGAGACAGUCCGGAAUCCAAGGCUACUUUUGUAUCGCAGCCAGUUAAUAAAGAAGUUAGCACACGCAAAUAAUAAAGUUUCAACAUUAAUUUCGAAUCGUGCAACAUCAGUGAAAGUAGGAAAAUAAAGUGUGGAAGUUCACGCGGUUUCUCCCAACUGAUAAAAGCACACGAACGUCAGGACACCAUUACUUCUCACCGUGAAACCUGUCAUUCAUCGAAGUCUGAACUAAGUGAAGCAGAGCCAAUACUUUCAGAAGAUGGUAAUCAUGGACCUUACGAAAAAUCAAGUGGAACACAUGGUGACCUGCUUCCCUAGGGGGACUCCCAUACAAAAGUGACGUGGGUGCUCGUCGUUUGCAGAUUUUGGUCUCACUUCGGUUGUUUUGGACGGAAAGUAACUAAAUACGCUCAUUCAGGUAUCGCUUAGGGCUGUGCAUAAAGAAAUUUGCAAAAAAAAGCCGUGACGCUGACCUCACAGAAAUCUCCUUUAGGGGUCAGUUUAAGCUUGAGCCACACCCACAUUGGCCUCCCUUAGGAGUUUAAUUUAAUUUUCCGACGAGCAGCCCCUUCACUUUUAUACAGGAGUCCUCCUGGGGAUUACCCACAAAUAUUGGCAUAUAAACUCGGACGAUUUUGGAGGCCACCUCGUUCUUCGCAUAGAGGACCAAGAAAGGAAUAUUAGGACCAAGGACAGGCACGUAAUUGGUUUAGAGAUUGCGAAGAUCGUAAAGGAUGGGAUCACGUACGUAUAAAAUCGUAAAAUAUAGAUUUAGCCAGGGCUAAAAGCGAAGUUCCCACCAAUAAAUUUAUAAUUUAAAUGAAACAAUAAACUUGUAUUUCCACAAAUCAGUUAACUUGGGCUCAUUCAUGUGACUUUUGAGGGAAAGGCUAAGUGAUUUUAGAGUGAAACAAUUCUAGUAGAUUAAGGCUUGAUUCUAAGCCAUUUGUGAUUUUUAUGCAAAUUUUCCAAAAACCACUGUUAAAGACAUCCUCCAGGAACAACAGAUGGUAAGGUAAACUAACUUUAAAAAAAACUUGUAAAAAGAAAUCCUAAUUACCAGGUCACGUGAUCGACCACGCCCUCUUAUGUUCGAAAAUUGCAACCAACGAUGCCCACCACUUGCUAAACGUGUAGCUCCAGUUUUUCUGUAUCAAAACUUUGACCCUACAAAAUGUCUUCAAAAUCAGCCUGGAAUGGUUGGAAUCUUUACAAUCUGUAGGUGCAAUUGGUGUUCAUUGACUAGUGCCAGUCCUUCUCUAGCUAAAAUUUUCUUUGAUGUCGUCUCAUUCCAACCGUUUUUACAAGAAGACCUAUGAGUAGCCACUGUUUGGACCUACAAAAGGAAAACAGUUUGCUUUCUACAUAGUGGGCAUCUCGACCCAAAGGAUUUCUCGAUAAACCAGGGCGUGGCUGGUCACGUGAUGCAGUUAUAAACAAUUUUUAAAAUUAAAUUUGAAGAUUUCUUAGUUAUAAUUAGCCUUAAUUUAUUAGACCUGGGAUAUCUUUAAAAACAAAUUACAUUAGACCACCCCCUUUAAAAUUCUGAGGAAUUUGUAAAGAACCAGGCCUUAAUCUACUUGAAUAAAUCUUGCAUCGCCUUACAUGUACAGCCAGGCAAUAGUCUUCGGUCACAUUUAAGAGCAAUAAUGAUUCUUGAUCACAGUAGAUUAGGCGUGGAAAACAAAUCAGGCCGAAUUUUUUGCGUUCGACAAGUUUACUUUACAAAAUCUUGCCAACAAAUCUGGGUGCGUCCAAACCAACCUUUUAUACUUUUUAUACAUCACAUUUGAGGAGAAAGAGUUUUAUGAAGCGCUGUUUUUAUCAUACAGACCUCGUACAAAAUGCAGUAGUUCACAAUUUUUCAAGACAAAUUGCAUUCAUUCAAUAUUCUGGACCAUCAAAGCCGGCACGCUUGGACUUUUAGCGAAACAACAAAUUUCCAAAAUCACCUAUAGGGCCAGCCGGUUCUAACUUUUGACAAGCGCCAAAUUUGCAAAGAAAUUUUAAAAGAGUUACGCCUCAACAUGAUAAAGGAUUUAUUGUGUUUAUUUUUAUAAAUGGUUUUAUAACGAUGUGUAAUCUUAGGGCUGGUUUUCACUAGCGACGGAGUCGGAGUCGGAAUCGUAAGCGGAGUCGUAAGAUCAUAGAGCGCUUAGGACCUAGUGAAAAUCAAAAAUCGGAGUCGUAAGCGGAGUCAUAAGCGCGACGGAAUCGGAGUCAGAAGGAUCAGAACGUUUCCAUUUUCUUCCGACUCCGCUUACGACUCCGUCGCUUACGUUCCGCUUAUGAUCUAGUGAAAACUAGAUUGUCGGAGUCGGAAGCAGAAGCGGAAGGAUAAGCCAAUCAAAAUGCACGUUCCCACGCUUUGUGAUUGGUUUGGUUCUUCUGCUUCUGCUUCCGACUCCGACAAUCUGGUUUUCACUAGAUCAUAAGCGGAACGUACGCGACGGAGUCGUAAGCGGAAUCGGAACGCUGUUUUCACCAGAUCAUAAGCUGUACGCUUCUGAUUACGACUCCGACUCCGAUUCCGUCGCUAGUGAAAACCAUCCUUUAAAAAGCGUUUGAUACGCGCGGCAUUGCGUACUCCUGCAAGCGAUAUCCAUGAACGAUUGAAAACAAACGGCAAAGCGAUGAAAAUUGCACUUUUGAGACCACUAACAAUCAGUAAAGAAAUAUAAUUCGGUAGAACAUUUACAGAGACAACAAUUUUCAUUCACGAAAACAAAUGAGUAUUUAAGUGUCUCUAAGAAUCCUGAGUUUUUAAGCUUAAAGAUUAAGUUUAUGUUUUAAGCCGCCGGCUUCCCGGUGUUUGCUGUUUUCAAAGAUGAACUCGCGACAAGAAAAUCGCUCAAAGCUUUCUUUCUGCAGCCAAAAUUAUAACUAAAUAUUCUUCGGAAAGUUUUUUUUUAUAUUCGCGGUGAAAUAUCGACUAAAGGCUUUUUAAAGUUCUGUAACUUAUAUCAAACCUCAUACUAGGUCAGAUCAGUGUCUCAAAUCUUAAUACAAACGUGCAUAAACUAGCUUCAUAAACUGCGCUCGACUGCAUGAAAUUAGAUAUAAAUACAAUAAUUACUUAGGCUUACCAUAUUUCGAGAUGCAGCUCCUGCAAGCUAUCAAGUAAGACCAGGAUCGCUUGAGCCUUUAUAAUUCUCUUACGCAUCCAGCAAGGUUAAAAAACAAAAACGAUGCCAUCCGAAAUCGGAUUUCCGACUUUGACAAGUGGCGUAUUUCUCAACCAAAAAUUCAAUAAACAAACCAGCAAUGAAUAACAGAAGACUCUUGAUAGCAGCUGUAUUUCAUUUUGUACAACCAGUGUAAAAAGACAGUUAAAAACAUCACAAGUUGACACAAAACUCUGUCAGCUACGGCUGUCAAAGUAAACAAGUCGCAAGAUGCGGCAUAAAUUUUCCGCAUGAACUCACCUGUCAAAUUUUGACCAAUUAUAGCAUAAAACUUGGACGUGAAGCGUGACCAACGCGUGACUAUGGUGAGAAAAGUGAAAAGCAUCUGUCUUCCCUCUUUGCAUUUUUAAAUAACUGAUUGAAUUUUUGCACCUGAGGUCAGUUUUUUUUAGUGCUGGGCCAUAGUGACAUAAACACAACGUAUUUCAUAUGAAAUUAAAAAAGAGCCUGCGAUCAUUUGAAAACUAGUAACCUGUCAGCGGAUAACUUCAAGAAAUACUCGACCUGGAUGGGUCGACACUUGAGCCCGCGAUACGGUUAGGUGAUACUGGUCAGCGGAUACCUUGCUUUGACAGCUGUCAAUUGAUCACAACAUUGAUGUGCAAUCAGUGGGCUCCCAAAGUAGCUAGAAAAUGUGAGAGUAAAAAUUGGUAUGCCUGUGGUGCGGACGGACAAUCGGGCGGUCGGUCGGUGUACGGUCACGUGAUUACCAAAUUUUCUCGAGAGCUCCGCUAAAAACAUUUCUAAUAUCCUUAUCACUAGUUCCUUUAUCUGUGAUAAGAUAACGACAAAAGGGCCAAUGGGUGUUUUCGUAAUCGUAAUCUCAAGUUCAGACAAUGAUAAACUCAGUAGUCCACUCAAUUUUUUUUAUUUAGAAAUAUUCGGGAAGUGACCAUCCAAACAUAAUGAAGUGAUGGAGAAAAGUAGGAAGUGGCUGUAAGUAAUAUCCUGAUAUUAAUCACUGUUGCACUACGGCAUAAAGUUACACAGUCAGCUAAAGCACUUGCACAUUUGAUAUCAUUUAUGAGCUGACGGAUUUGAAUAGGGACCUUAAGUAUCGACAACGAAAGGGACGACGACGACGCUUCGCAACCGAGGCAGACUAGGCCAAGGGUUUCGUUUUCGGCGGGGAAAACGAAGUUUAAGCAUUGAAGCUUCCCAGACAGACGACGACUUUUUCUUUGUGAAGAACUUUCUCUUGUUACAGUCUUGUUAUGGCAUUCAAAGACCUCCGUAAUUUGCAUCUUAUAAGCUAUGACGAUUGUUUAAUCGACGAUGGCGAGUUUGUUGUUCUUACGACCUGGAUUAUUCGAUUUUGGAGGCUUUCUUUUCGUCGCGCAGCUUUUUUUGUUUUGUUUUGAAGUUAAAAGUGUAUACCGAUCUAGAUCAGCUCUUGACUUGCAGUUACGCUAAAUUUCGGCUACUAAAGAGAAUUCAGUGCUGCUACAAUGUUCUCCCAUAUUUGUCCUCUCUCAGGGCUCCUCCUAGCCACAUCAUGUUCCUGAGUCUACUGGAAAAUAGUUGCCUUUGCUAGCGACUAAAAACAACAUGAAUAAUUAUUAAGUUUUAGUAAGAAAUCUUAUAGCACAACCUAGACUGCACGAGUAAACAUAGACCGUAAAGGAACGAACACCAUCUAAUCUAAAAGGUUCGGAAGAUAGCAGAGGAAAGCUUACCUGUCUUUCCGACUGGUUGUGCCGCGAUCACUCAGGUUUUCAAAUAGCCUGAAUUUCAUCCGAUUAUUCCGAGUCGUUUCCCUCAGUAACGUCUGAAUCGACCUGCCGUUAAUGCCGUCCAGUGACGUCAGUACUCCUUUGCUUAAAUUCAUGCCAAAAGUAAAACACGAUUUUCAAGUGGCAAACCAAGAAAUAUCGUUUGGAAAUGUCUAUAGAGCGGUUUUCACUUGACUGUCGAAAGGGAUUGGUUUUGGUUUUGGUUUUGGUUUUGGUUUUACUACGCCCUUUGGUUGGCUAGUGUAUUUACUUUGGUUUUGGUUUUACGACAGUCAAGUGAAAACCGCUCUAUGAUACAGAACAGUCUUUUCGAUGGUAAUUCAUGUUUAACGUUCAAACUAUCAACUGCAUGCAGUACUCUGACCCGGUUGUAAUUCACGCUGGGUCGUAAUCAGGCAAUGAAAUAAACACACACACGGAACACUUUAUAGUUCAAAAACACAACAAUUUCCUUUAAUUGAAAAGAAGCUAUUCGGUCCUUAACGAAGAAAAAAGAAAACAAGGAAACAAGAAAGAAAAGCUAACAGAAUCAUUACAAGUUGACGGUGAAAAUAGCAAAAAGGUCGACAUUGGCUUCAGAAACUUCGCAUAAACAAAAUCACUGCGGAAACCACAAAGCGGCUCUAAACGAAAAACCUGCAUACUCUCCGCAAUGAUUCUUCGUUCGCAGUUCAAUUAAGCAAUUCAGUUUCGAGGACAAGGGCAAUUUUGCUGUUUACGAUAAAGAUUAUCGAAAUGUUUGAACUCCACGCAAGCAUGCCACCGAUGCGAUCCGCUGAAUAUCAAGCGACAAUCCCGCUAAAAUGUCUCAUAAUUAUUUAACAAUUAAUGAAUGAGGCUGAGUAUCUUAUGAAGAAUUAUGGAGAUCGAGGAGGGUGUUAUCCGUCUAGGCCGUAGGCCAAGGCGGAUAACACCCUCCUCGAUCUCCAUAAUUCUUCGUAAGAUACGAAAGCCAAAUUCAAUAAUUGUUUUAUUAUUCAUUCAAAAUAAUUCCUAGUUUAAAAAAAUAGCUAAAACAAGCUUACCUGCAUCGAUGUUAAGUUUAUCUUCUAUAGUUUACGCUUAGGUUUGUCCAGUUCCGCAAAUAUUCUCCAAAUAGCAGAUGUCGCCCUCCGAGUUGUCUUCUUGAUGUUUUUGCUAUGUUUUUAGCCAUUAUUUCGCCUUGUUCCAGCUGUAGUUCUUACUCUUGAAACGAGUGAAGUGUCCGCCAUUUUAGUUUUUACAACGAAAACAACUCAAUCUCGUCCCCAGGUCUUCUCGAUUAACGGUGUAUUAACCUGUAGGAGGCUGCAUUUUUGACGUCAUUUCCUCGUUAAACACAAAAUUCUUCCAAAUUUGGUCAUCGGUAGCUGGUUAUGGUGAAUUAUGUGUGUGCUUUUAACCAAUCAGAAUUGGGGAAAUAUUUUGAAUCAGUUUGAAUGAAUAAUAAACAUAAUUAUGCGAAUGUUUAGACAAUCAACCAAUCAAAACCACUACCCGGUUUUCGAGUAGCGAUGACGUCACUGGACGGCAUUAACGGCUGGUCGAUUCAGACGUUGCUGAAAGGAGAAAACGACUCGAAGCAAUCGGAUGAAAUUCAGGCUAGUUUUCAAACAAACCGAAUCUUAAAAUAAAUUCAAGUUAGCAGCCGAAGAAAUCGACAAAGUGCUUAACAUUUGGAUUCUGCUAAUCCACAAAGAAUAUAUUUCUACUUGUACUGAAUGAAAAGGGGGAAAACGAAUGAUCUACACGCAAAAAGUAUAGUUUUAUACAUACGUUUUAGCGACGACGGCAAACCUCCCUCAAUUUCGUCGUCGACGAAGGCUGGACAACGUUUUGACAACCUUACGCAUGCCCAGAAGGUUCGCGCGGGAAAAUUUCACUUCCGGUCGGCGUCGUCGUCGAUGCUUAAGGUCCCUAAUAUCACAAGAUACACGCGUGAAAAAGAAAGUGAUAAGCGCAUCCUUUGCAUAUCUAAACCUUGUGGAGUCGAAGUUAAAUUGUAAGUCAAAAUCGAGAUUGCCUACCCUUGGGCAUAUUACAAGUACUAAAUUGUUUGGUACCAGGGAGAAUUCACCGACAGAAUUUUCUAUUAAAGCCCAACGUGGACAAAAACCUCUGAAUUCGAAAAAUCAGUAGAGGUGAGAACUGACGCGAAGUCUGAAUCCGGCAUUGUCGAAGGUUUCCCUAGCAUGAACAUUUCUCCCGGUCGAGACCCCUACACUGUUUUUACGUCUUUUCUCGUCUCACGUCUUGUUAGCAGUUAUUACCCUGUUCUUACAGACGCUUGCAUUCUACCACGUUAAUGAUGUAAAAAUACAUACAUCUGAACAACAGCUGAAGGAUCUAGGAUGACAUUUUUAAAAUCGGCUUUUGGACCCUCCGUGUGGAUCCAAUUUCAUAUUCAUAUCGAUUUUACUAAACAGGGGCGUAGCCAAGAUUUUUUCAGACCCCCCUACCCCCACUCCCCCGCUUCCCGAAAAAAACUUCCUUGAUUAAAGAUUUCGUUACGUUGUAGGCCUAAGAUUUUUUUCUGCAUAUGAAAUGGCAUUAGCAACUUAUGAAAUACUUUGUCAGGUGUUUGGGUCCAUUGACUGAUGCACAUCAAUCAUCUAUCCUACAAUAAGGCUACUUUAUUUUGUUACUGGGUUCAUUUUGUAGUUUUUAAACAGAUGCAGCGCGUGAAUCCGAAUUGAAAAGGUGCCGAUUUGGUCAAGUCUCUAUAGAUUUUGAAAACGAAAUCUAAAUUGAAUCCGAUGCCUUGUAAAUUCGCAAUGUUUUGUAGUGUAAACAAUUUGUCCAACUUAUCCGGAUACUUUUCCGCAUUUGAUCAUACGAGUUUGCAAUAAAACCAAAAUGGAACUGUCACUUUCAUAAAUAUAGGGCGCCUUAGUAACGACGACGGUGAUGGCAACGAAAACGUCCCUAGCUAUCAAAAUGAAUGCGCGUUUUUUUUUUUUGUUUUAACUUUUUCGCGUUUAUUUCCUUCAACAUCUUUUAAAAUGGCAAAUAUAGGUGAACUUCCUAGGGAGUCUUGAGAACCACACCCAAGUUCGGACUCAGAGAAGAAAUUGAAUUUGUCCCUGUGUUUACGCCCUGCAAACAACGUCGCGAAAAGAAAUUUACGGUCUUGUUCCUACGUACAGGUUGUAAAGAAAAGCGCACUGGACGUGCAAACUUUGUUGUUUUUCAUUUACUUAUUGGGCUCAUUUCCGUCACCGUCGCCUUCGUUGUUGCUCCCAGGAUUUAUCGAUUUGCGCACACGGUUACGAAUCCGAAAACGUUUUCAGUAAAAACGCCUGCCAUCUUUUCACUAGAUAUAUAUGUUAUUCAAGAUUAGGUCCAUUAGUGAAUCACUGCGUUUAUCUGGAAACUGACAUUUGAGUGGAGAGUAAGAGGAAAGUCCUUUGUUUUAGAGAAAAAACAAAUUUCAAAGAAACAACCAGAAUUAGAUAAAUUGAAGAGAACCGUGCUCUUAAAAUAAUUAUUUUUAGACAUUUUGCUAUUUUUUUUAGAAUUAACUUUUUAUUUUUUAUUCAUUAUAUGUCUUUUUUUGCCCGACUUUUUCCGGUACGUACAUGCGUACCGUGCGUACAGGUAGUUACGCCCCUGCUAAAUUAGGCGCCACCGUCGUUUAUGCGACUCCGGUGUGGCGCUCAUUCGAUACACCAGCCUACCGCGGACAAUGUUGUUGAGCCACUCAGAGAGGGUCUUAAGCUUUUAUGUCUGCAUACCGAGAUGCUAUGUCAAAGGAUAUAAAGACUCAAAUACUUCACGAAUCUUAUGAAAAAAAAAUACAAAAACAAACAACAAACAACAAAACAAAAAACGAGCGAGUUUGCAUGCGAGGAAACGAAGGUCUGGUACAAAUUUCCCGAAAAUAGUCAAAUAUAAAUCUCCUAUAGUCGUUCAAAGCUUAACAACUUGACAGGCUAACGGUUUUAUUUAGUGGUGGUAUCAACAGGUUACAACCGAACACUGUCAGGUUACUCAAUCAAUUCACUCACCGUCCAUCACGGAAUUGAGAGCGUACAGCAUUUAUUUACCAGCAUAGCAGUAGAACUGCUAUGCUAAAUAACAAUUUACUUGAUAAGAAUUUAUAAGUACGAGACUUAUUGUGGCGUAGACGAGAUUAGCGGGUUGUUGACUUUACGUCUUUGAACUCCAGUCCAUAUUUUCUUAAUAUUUCUUCAAGGACUACCGUGUACCAUCAUUCCAUAUAUAUAGUGUAAAAUGUUCGUUUAGAAUGCGACUGAAGUAUGUCAAACAGCCUCUUAAUCCAAGCGUUCAGACCGAAGGGGCGACCCUCCGAGAGAUGCGAGUAGAAAAAGGGCGAGGGGGUGGGGUAGGGAGUAAUGCGUAUUUUUCCCGACCCACUCUACUAACCAAGAAGGCCAACUACUGGGCGUCGAACAAAGUACGGCCGGCCGAGACUAUUAAUACGAAGGUCAGUGGAAAAGUAAACUUAAUCUUCUAUAAGCUUAACCUAUUUCCGAUUUUUCUUGUUGAUAAAGUAAAAAAACAAACAAACGAACAAACAGAAAAAUUGUCAUUUAUAGGAUUAUGAAGAAUUUCUUUACUAAGGAUCAAUAUGCAAAUUUAAGUCGAAUCCUUCAAUUCUGAAUCGCGUUGUGCCACAAGUUUUAUUGCAUAACUUGAGAAAAUAGCUCUUAAUCUUUAACUAAAACAUGUUUUUAUUAGGUCUAGUUUAGGUGCCAUAUUGGAAAAUUUUGUGGUGUUUUUCAGGCAUUUAUUCGUGCAUUUUGCUUUCUUAAUUGGGUUAGCAAAAUAAAGACGACCAGGUUUUGCUGAUGACAGAAACAUAAUCCCUAAAUGGUAUUGGAACAGUAAGAAGAAGUAAUAUGCUUGCAAAUGAGAGCGAACAGUCUAGGAUUUGAUGACCAGAAGUACUUUUAAACGAUCGUUAAAAAACCUGUGAAACAGCAUCAUUCUAAAAUUGCAUAUUUUAGCCGCUAACGGUCGUCCAGCAAUGAAAUGCUGGGAAUGGCAGUAAAAUAAGCAAUUUCCUCAUUCUAACUGCAAUUUCGUUAUUGGGAUUAAUAGUAGUGUUAGUGAUAAAAAUAUAAGGCAAAAAUUCUUUUCGAGUCCGAAAUCCAGUGGAACGCUUUUAGGAAGACUGCCUCUCAAAAGUAUAUAUAGAGCGACCGUAUUCAUCCAAAUGAAGAUUUUCCUAAGGUUGACAUAGUCUCCGACUAGUAAUAUGAAAUGAAAAAGAGAGCAAAAACAACAUUGAAUUGUGACACCAGUGAACUCAUGUUUGACAGUCCACCAGCAUAUUUUUAACAGAGAUGUCGUACAAAAGACGCGCGUCAGAGGUUCCCUUAAGUUUUUAUACCGCAUUGAUAUAGGAAAGUAAUAGGAAAACUUACUCAUGGCACUGGAACAAGUUCCUCAAGGGAUAAAUUUCCUGAGGGUUAAUAUUGCUGUAGGUCUGUAUGUCCGUCAUAAUUAAAAGGAUAACCAUUUGAUUCUGAUGCUUCAUGAAGGCAAAGCGGCUAAGUUCGUUUACUUUCCUAUCAGCUGUAAUAGGUACAUAUUUUGUCUCUGCUCUUAACCCGUUCUUUCGAUUAAGUGUUGCUCUGUCUGGUUGGCUACUAAUUCUCAGAAAGUAGAAGAAAACGUUUGUAUAUGUUUGCAGCGUUAGCAGGCAUGUCUCUGACAUUCGCACUGGAGACGUUAGAGGCUGCACAGUAUGGCAUUUACGUCGCUUCGGAGACAGAAAAUCACAUGACAUCAGUGGAAAGAGUGUUUACCUACACGGAAAUCGAUCCACAGCCUGGUUAUUGCACAGAAACCCAACCUCCUGAAGACUGGCCAACAGCAGGCUCCAUGGCAUUACAUGACUUGUCGCUUACAUACUUGGAAGGUGCUCCACCAAUUUUGAACGGCAUAAACGUUUGCUUCGCUGCUAAAGAAAAAGUUGGAGUAGUAGGUCGCACUGGAGCUGGAAAAUCGUCUUUGGUGGCUGCUUUGUUCCGAAUACCAGAGCCAGAAGGCAGGGUAAGAAUUGUCUUCUUCUUGUCCUCUUGUUAAGACCCAUCGCAACGUUGUUGGCAGCAACAUGUUUUGGUGUUGCUCGAACCUCUUGACAACGCUUAAAAAUGGCCAAACUUUUGAGUCAAAAAGUCUCGACAUUUAUGUUUCAUAAUAGCUGGGUGUUCGUUUUCAAAGCUUUCCCAACCAUUCUCGUCCCAAGAGUACUGAUCCUUUUGGCCAGCGCCCGGCGCGGAUCUAGAAGCUCUGGAUGGAACCAGGACAACGCGCAGACGCAGUAGUCUCACACUUUUGUAACCGCUGAUAACCCUUUUGGCUUCAAUUUCUGAGGCUGCACAGAAAGCCUGAAGCCCUUGACUUGAGGAGUUCCGGCAUCUACUCUAGCUUUCUAUCUAUAGCGUUGAUCAUGAGGAUCACAGCCUUGGGGACGAGAAUGUUGUGUACUCGGAUGCGCAUUACUUUUCGUAUCCUCAGUAAUGUAAGUGUAGUUUUAUCCCACAAUGCGCAUGCGUGCAAGAAUUAUGUAAAGUUAAUACCAGAAAAAUAAAAAGCUGGUUGAAAUGCAUUACAUUUGCUUUCACAGGUGAUCAUAGACAAUGUCAACAUCAAAGAUCUCAAUCUGCAGGCGGCUCGCAGGUCCAUGGCUGUUAUAACUCAGGAUCCUGUUCUCUUUAGUGGCAGCCUCAGAAGGAACCUAGAUCCAUUCUCUUUGUAUGAAGAUCAUGACAUGUGGAGUGCUUUGGAAGAAGUACAGUUGAAGACCCUCGUGCAAGAUUUACCUGAACAGCUAGAGUACAAGUUGAAAGAAUCUGGGACCAAUUUCAGUGUUGGCGAGCGUCAACUGGUCUGUUUAGCGCGUGCGCUGUUACAGAAAAGCAAGAUUAUAAUACUGGAUGAAGCCACUGCUAACGUGGAUUACAAAACAGAUCGUCUGAUUCAAGAAGUUAUACGCAACAGAUUUAAAGAUUCCACAGUGAUUACCAUUGCCCAUCGCUUGAACACCAUCAUGGACUAUAACAAAGUGCUGGUUAUGGAUCGGGGAAGAGUGGUGGAGUUUGAUAAACCUGACGUCCUGCUACGGAUUAAGAAUGGUCAUUUCUCUCGCCUUGUUCAGACUUACGAGAAGACUGCGGAUCAUUGA